UAUAACCAGAAAACCAAUUUUUAGAGACAAAUAUGCCCUUAAAGGAAUACUUACUUGUAGAAUUUGAUAGCUUUCAGAGUCUUUUGGGUGUGUAUUCAUAACAGAAUAUGUGCUGGAGUAAAAUUUUCUCUCACUGUUUUUCUGUUAAAGUUUUAUACAGAAUAAUGCUCAAUAUGCUCAGUGUUAUCCAUAUUUCCACUCUCAUUCAGAAAUAUAUGUAAAAUUGAAUAGAUUAUUUGAAUAGGAAAAAAUUAGUCUAAUUCCUAAUAUAAUUUUUGUCAUGGUAUCAAAGCAUCGGUGAUCUGCACAGCAAAAAUGAAGCUAUUAGGUAGGACAGGAUAAAUGCGAUUUGCAGACUAAAAAUCUUUUGUAGAAAAUGGAAAUGUGAUAUGUAAUCCUUUCAAUGCUAGAUGUAUACCAUUAUGCUAUGCUGUCAUGUGGUCGUGCUGUAUAAUUGAGGCAAAUGGAAUAUGAAUACAUACUUGGCUGUUCAGCAGUAUGUCACAAGUUCAUUUUACUUUUGAUAUGUUCAGCACCAGUUAAAGGGAUACUGUUAAAGUUUUAGAUCAUCAGAUUUGCUUAUCUUAAACUAAAUUUUUUUCUUUGUAGAUAUGAAGAUGAGUGACUGUUCUUUUCUGUCUAAUCACUGCCAAGUGGUAUUAAGACAUGCUAUACAUGUUGGUGAAGCUGAAGUGGAAAAAUGUGUCAUGGGUAUAAUGAAAGAAAAGAAGAUUAAUAUACAGAAGGAUACAGGUUUUAAGACAAGCCUGCAGGUAUGUUUGCUGCAGAUAUCUGGUUAUAAGAAACUUUAUUUGGAGGUGGAAAAUCUGAGGAAAGUUCCAUAUGAUUCAGAUAAUGAAGAACAUGAAAAGCAACUAAUCCAGCUUUGGAAUUUGCUGAUACCUCAUGAAAAUCUGAAGGCUAGAAUCACCAAGCAGUGGUGUGACAUUGGUUUCCAAGGUGAUGAUCCCAAAACAGACUUCAGAGGAAUGGGCAUGCUGGGAUUAGUCAAUCUGGUGUAUUUUAGUAAACAUUACACCAGUGAAGCUCGCCAGAUCCUCUCUCGUUCAAAUCAUCCAAAAUUGGGAUAUUCCUAUGCAAUAGUUGGGAUCAAUUUGACAGAAAUGGCUUAUAGUUUACUAAAGAGUGGUGCUUUAAAGUCUCACCUCUACAACUUGGUCCCUGGAUUGCCACAGAUGGAACACUUUCAUCAGUUUUAUUGUUAUCUGGUUUAUGAGUUUGACAAAUUUUGGUUUGAAGAAGAACCAGAAAGUAUUAUGCACUUCAACCACUAUAGAGAGAAAUUUCAUGAAAAAGUUAAAGGACUUCUUCUGGACUAUAACCAAGUACUAACCUUACAGAAUAUAAAGAAACCAUAGCCUCAUCUGCAGUCUACCCAGUUCUGCUCAUAAAAUAGAAUUAUGCAUUCUCAUGGAAUUCGCACACUUACUUUACCAAAAAUAUUUGUUUAAUGAUGGAACUUUUUAUACAUAUAUUUUUGAAAAAACUCAAAUUCAGUUAUAAAAGCUUGGACAAUCAGCCUCUGUUUACAGGUCUUAUAUGCUAUUCUCCAAAGGAAAGCUUUUUUAAAAAAAAUCCUGUAUUGAAUCUUUUGCCCUCCCAACUUUCAUACACCUCUUGGUGCAGGAACAUGAAGUAGGUAUUUAUGCUGUAUUAUGUUAUCUUCAUUAUGUAACCUAUUACUAGGUUCCUUUUCUACCAUUAACAGUUGAUUAGUUGUCUUUAAGAGGGGAAAUUGCUUUGGUUUUAGAGUUGUUUCUCAAGUUCUGUCCCCUUGUUUAUCUGCACAUAGCUUGUGGUCUAUAAAAAUGUUAAAUUUCUGUGUAAAGAGGUCCAUGAAGAUGAUGUAUCAAUUAUUUGUGACUUGGAAGAAGAGAUUUCAUUUUUUCAUAUUUACACACAAGAACAAACAUGGUUCUGGUUGAAAUGAUCCUCCCUCCAGGAAAUAAGUACCCACAACCCUGUGCCUGGAAGGAACUUCCCUCAAAAAUAACAACAACAAAAUAGUGUAAGGCCAGAGUCCAUCAGUAAAGAAGUCCCCUUUAACAAGGAGAUCUUUCAUGUCAGAUGGUGCCAUAGAUAUUUCCAGCUCUCAAUCCCUCUCUUUCAGUUUGGGCUACAGUUUUUCAGGCUCUCCUACUUGAUUUUGUAUUUUUUGUUGGCCCAUUCUUUUUCCUCUAUCAGCCAACAGAAAGACUUUUGAAUGGGGAGUGAUAUCUAGGAGAAUUACUCAACGAACAAACUACAAAAAGAGGUUAUUUCCCACAAAACUUUGUUGCGGCUGAAAUCCAUGAUUUGUGAAGGUAAUUGGAACUCUUCACUUCAUCCAUACUUCGAAGGAAGUAGUGGCACAACUUUAAUAGGAUAAAAGCAUGUUUCCAGAUUUGGGCGUUCUAGGCAAUCCAGGCACGAGGAGUUGAUAUCUACAGCAGUUUGUGAUUAUUAAGCAUUGUUUAAAAUGUUAAACAGGCUUGGCAUGAACUUAUAUUUUUUAAAGCCUACUAUUUAAAUAAAGUGCCUUCUGCUUAAUUCAAUCACUGUUUAAUUUGACCCUCCAUUUAACUUGAGCAGAGCUUCAGAAAUCUCAGUUCUUUGGGGGCAGAGACGAUCUCUCAUGCUUGAAUAUCACAUAGUGGGUACUAUCAUGAUACAAAUACAAAAAAAAAAUUAAACAUAAUGCUUUAUUUUAUCUCUGGUAGGCUUCAUUAGUUAUGAAAAAAGGCCAACUUUCUGAAUGGGAGAAGGAAAGAACAAAGGAAGAUCCUUGUGAUUUAACAAAAAGAUAAUUGGAAGAUAUUCAGACCCUACAAUAUAAGUAUUAUUGCGUAGGCUGUGAUUUCUACCACUCCAUCCCCUAAUUCCUCUUGAUCUACAUGAACAACAUGAUCAGCUGCUUAUUGCAGUCAAAAUGAUAGUAGAGAGCAGUUAUAUAUACAAAAAGUUUUAUUGUUUUGUUGUAAAAUGUGUUACAAAUAGGUGAGGUUUUAAACAUUGUUUGAGCUCCAUCUGCCAGAAGGUGGAGGGAUGUAAAGAUUUAUCUUCAUAUUUACAUUUGCCCAUUACCUUUAUACUUGAAAUGGUGCAGUUAGGGGAAGAAAUUUGGUUGAAAAGGAACUGAUGCAAUACGCACAACACAUCCUUUCUGUGCACACUACAGUAACUCUUAAUUUGGCAAAAUUUGUUUUUAAAUGUGGUACAUAUUUGUUCUGCUACGCUUGCACACACUUUUCUGGAGGCACGCUGGUACAAUGGUGAUGACUUUAUAGGUACCUAAAUAGCAGAAUUGAAUGUUUCUUCAUUGGAUUUCUGCAAAUAAGUUUUGCUGGUUUCAAAUGUACUUUAUAAUGAAAAUAUAUAUAUCUGCUAUUCCCGCCCCCCCCCCCCCACCUCCUGGCUGUUCUCCACCAUUCUACCUGCUACCAUAUAGUUUCUCCACCCUAAGUAACUCUAUUGCUUACCUUGCUGCUGCUGCAUAGCUUUCCUUAGGAAUAGCAGUAUGAAAUUGAUCUGAUGUUUGAAUUUCACUGAGGACAACAUGCUGAACAGAAUUAGUGAAACCAGCCAUACUAUUGUUAAUUUUACCAUGCUACUGUUUGGCAAAGUUACAAGCAGCAACAAUAACAGAGGAGCUGGAACCAAUUGGCCACAGAGCCUAGCCAGUUUUGUCAUCCUUACAUUUGGAAGAUUAUUUUUGCAACUGUAAAGGCUAGAAAUGUAAUUAGAAAAAAAGACAAAACCUAUAAUUCCACAGAAAUUGGUAUGUUAAGCUUCUUUACUCCCAGGAAGAACUUCCUGCUUGCCAUUGGCAAAAGGAUUUUUCAAACCCUGUCCUAUACAAUUUCAGAUUUCAUAUAGCACAAAAGAAAUCUUAACUAAGGCAUCUUGGGAUAGAGUCUAGACCAGGGAUUCUCAAACUUCAUUGCAGCGCAACCCCCUUCUUACAACAAAAAUUACUACACGACCCCAGGAAGGGGGACUGCAGUCUGAGCCAGCCAGAGCCCUGCUGCCCUGGGCAGGAGGGGGAGAGGAGCAGGCAAAGUCCAAGCCCCACCGUCCCAGGUAGGGGGCCUGUAACCUGAGCCCUGCUGCCCAGAGCUGAAGCUGAAGCCUGAACCCCACUCCCCAGGUCUGAUGCCUUUGGGCUUCAGCCUUUGGGGGUGUGGCUUUGGCCCCAGGCCCCAGCAAGUCUAAACACCAGCCCUGGCAACCCCAUUAAAAUGGAGGUCGUGACCCACAGUUUGAAAACCGCUGGUCUAGACUGAGUUCAGUCAAAGGUUUGUCAUCACUUUUUAUAAUCAAAACCAUGAGCUGAGAAUCAUGAAAAUACACAAAGUAAGAAUAAAGUAACCAUCAUUAAACAUGGAAAAGCUAUGUAGUCAAAUGUAUGGAUGUGUUAGGUCACAUGUAAUAAUUGUUUAAAAUGAGUGUAUUUUUCUAGUUCCCAGUGUAUUGUUUCCUGAACAGUUUAAAAACUAGAAUUUGUAUGUAGUUUUGUACUAUUAAGUACAUAUUUUGCAUGUAGCAGGUUAAUUGUAUAUAUUGGUAACUAGUUAGAAUACAGUGUAAAAACACAGGGCAAAAACUGUGUCGGGGUGAGAACUUGCUGGAGGCAAAACUGUCUUGCAAAGUCUAGUUAACAAGAUUUUAUAUUAACUAUUGCAUUCAUACUAUGAAAUGACAAUCGUAAUUUAACAGACGAUAUAGACUGGAAGUGUGCAAUGACCUGUUUAACUGGAUAUAGUCAGUUUGCAUAGCAUUGAAACUAAUUGUGAAUACUUGGUUACAAAGCAUCCCUAAAAUUAAAGUCUUGGUUAAAGUCCCUGUUGCUUUAUAAUACUGUAUUAGAUACAUCUCAAGUUUUAAAAUGUGUAUUUGACAAUUCUUGGAAAUAUAUCAAAAUAAUUUUAAGGUUGACAUUCUUCCUUUUAAGUGGAAUAAGCAAUGUUGAAAGAUGGGUUCAGUUGCAGAACAUUUGUGCAGACACCAUUUUAAACUGGAAUUGUUAGUAGCAAAAUGAAGACAUAUCUUAAUGAAAAAAGUUCCUAUGCUAUUGCUGUUUCUGAUAAACCAAUAUGGAGGAUCAUUGGGAUGUACACUGCUCAAGCACUCUAGAGGAAGAAGCUAACCUAACAUUUCCAUGCACUGGCAAGCUUGGUUUUCAGACUCUGAACAAAUGAGCAGUUCUCAAUUCUUCAUAUUACUUCAGCUCUUGCCUAAUUGAAGAAGUCUGUUUUCAAUAAAUGUUCUAUAAAACAUCA